UUUCCUGCAGGCUUGCUGAGGCGGACUGCUCGCCCUCACAGUAGGAUGUGCUGACGGGGAGCAGGGUUAGAAAGAGUUGAGCUGCUCGGCAUGCAGUGGACGAAGCUGACAAAGUGAUUAUUAGUUCAUUUUUCAAGGAGCAGCGAAUGUCGCAGGUGGAUACCGGUGAGUGUGACGCUUCCUUGGCGGUAAGGGAAGAAAAAGAAGUUGUUUUUCGGUUGGUGUUUGAUGCACGUAUUACUGAGGGGAAAUGAGUAACAAGAUGGACGGUCCAGCGGGAGAGGGUGCCAAAGCCAAUGGGCCCAUUGCAGCACCUAACACCCCCACAAGUACAAUGGGCCCCCCUCUGUCCCCAGAAGAGCUGGCCGAAGAGCAGCAAUCAUCCCUGACAGAUGUCACUCAAAUGUGGAUUAACUUUGCCAAGACUUUUGCCCUAAUAUUUCCUAUCUACGUCUUGGGAUAUUUUGAAUUCAGCUUUAGCUGGGUUCUGAUUGGACUUGCAAUGCUUUUCUACUGGAGGAAGAACUAUGGCAACGGGGACUACAGGAUAAACCGUGCCUUAGCGUUCCUGCAGCAGGAGGAGAAAGCGGUGAAGCAAAGUGUGCCAACCACAGAGCUGCCACCAUGGGUCCAUUAUCCAGAUGUGGAAAGAGUGGAAUGGCUGAAUAAGACGGUGAAGCAGAUGUGGCCGUUUAUCUGCCAGUUUGUGGAGAAGCUGUUCAGAGAGACCAUCGAGCCGGCGGUGAAGGGCGCCAACCCUCAUCUCAGCACCUUCUGCUUCACCAAGAUUGACAUGGGCGACAAGCCGCUGAGAGUGAAUGGAGUGAAAGUUUACACUGAAAAUGUGGACAAGAGGCAGGUUAUCAUGGACCUGCAGAUCAGUUUUGUCGGGAAUACAGAAAUUGACGUGGACAUCAAAAAGUACUACUGCAGGGCUGGAAUCAAAAGUAUACAGCUUCAUGGAGUGAUGAGAGUGGUGAUGGAGCCGCUGCUGGGGGACAUCCCUCUGAUCGGAGCCCUUUCUGUCUUUUUCCUCAAGAAACCUUUGCUGGACAUCAAUUGGACUGGGCUCACAAAUAUGUUGGACAUUCCUGGUGUCAAUGGGUUAUGUGACAAUCUACUGCAGGACAUCAUCUACAGCUACCUGGUGCUGCCAAACCGCAUCGACAUCCCGCUAGUGUCAGAGGCCCAGAUGGCUAGACUGCGCUUUCCCAUUCCCAAGUGCAUCCUGAGAAUCCACUUCAUCGAGGCUCAGGAACUGCUGCGUAAGGACAAGUUCCUGGGAGGGCUGGUCAAAGGGAAGUCGGAUCCGUACGGAGUCAUCAAGAUUGGGACGGAUCUCUAUCAGAGCAAAGUCAUCCACGACACCGUAAACCCAAAGUGGAACGAAGUUUAUGAGGCCUUGGUGUAUGAUCACUCGGGGAGCAGUAUGGAGAUUGAACUGUUCGAUGAAGACCCUGAUCAGGACGACUUUCUGGGAAGUCUUGCAAUCAACAUGGCCGAGCUCCAGAAGGAACAGAAGGUCGAUGAGUGGUUUCCAUUGGAAGAUGUGACCACAGGGAAGUUACACCUCAAACUGGAGUGGCUGUCUCUGUUGUCCACCCCUGAAAGGCUGGACCAGGUGCUGUCGGGCAUCAGAGCAGAUCGCAGUCAAGCCAGUGACGGCCUCUCGUCUGCGGUGCUCAUUCUCUUCCUGGAUUCGGCCAGAAACCUUCCGAGUGUCUUCGAGGGGAACUUGGGCUCUGGCUACUUAAAAGAGAGGCGCGCGUCGGGCCUCGUGUUUUGCGAGAACACGGCUUCUCUCUAUCGGAGCCUAUUUCGCAAUCCGUUAGAGUUCAACCAAGCGGGGCUGAGGAAGGGCUCGGUCAGUAAGGCCAUCAAGUCUGGUAAGAAGGUGACCAGUGAUCCCAGCCCGUUUGUCCAGUUCAGAGUGGGACACAAGUCCUACGAGAGUAAGACCAAGUAUAAGACUCAUGAACCGUUGUGGGAGGAAACCUUCACCUUCCUCAUCCACAAUCCCAAAGUCCAAGAGUUGGAGGUUGAGGUGAAGGAUGAGAAGCACGAUUGUUCACUGGGGACAUUAACACUGCCCCUGACUCGCCUGCUGGAGGCAGAGGAGAUGACGUUGAACCAGAGGUUCCCUCUGAGGAACUCUGGACCGAGCUGUACCCUCAAGAUCAAAAUGGCUCUGCGGGUGUUGAGUCUAGAUAAGGGCACUUCAACAGCUUCAAACUCCACCCCGUCCUCAGUGCAGGUCCGCAAAUCCGAGUCCUCCAACUCGACCCCACGGCCCUCUAUCUCCUCAGAAUCGCCCAAGCCUCCCACCUCUACCUCAGACAUUCCCAGAUCAUCCUCCGUGUCAGCCAAGGAGAUGCUGAACAGGCAGAAAGAAGCUAAGGACACUGUGAGGACCCAGCAAAGCAUGGACUUUGGGCAGGAUGGCAGUGUAGGUGGAGGAGGGAAGAGCUUGGCGGAGACUGGGAGAAGCACCUCAAACCUGGCCAUCUCGGGCUCCCAGCAGUACCUGGCCAGUGGCAAGGAGCCAACUCCCAGCAUUGCUUCAGACAUCUCCAACCCUUACGCUGCUCAGGAGCUGCAGCAAAGACUCGAGCAGUUUCACAAUGGUUCAGGCCCCAGUCAUUUCCCCCUGGGGGAGAUCCAGCUGACGAUCAGACACAGCUCCCAGAGAAACAAACUCAUCGUAGCUGUUCACAGUUGCAGAAACCUCAUAGCUUUCACUGAUCAUGGCUCGGAUCCUUACGUCCGGCUCUACCUGCUUCCCGACAAGCGGAGGUCAGGUCGAAGGAAAACUCCAACAGUCAAGAAAAACCUCAACCCGGUCUACGAUGUGACGUUUGAGUUCAGCGUUUCCCUCGUGGAGCUCCACAGGCGGAAUCUAGAUGUUGCCGUGAAGAACGGUGGAGGUCUGCUCUCCAAACACAAAGGCCUGCUUGGAAAGGUUAUGGUGGAAUUGACUCAUGAUCAGAUCACCAAGGGUUGGACACAAUGGUAUGAGCUGAGCUCAGAUGGCCUGGUCAAGUCCAACCAACUUUAAGUCGCCAUCAUUAGUAUCGUCAUCAUAUCACCACACUUCCACUUUAUAUUCACUUCACUUCCAUCUCUACAGUACGAUGUGUUUUCUAAUAAUUUUCAUUAUUUCUAACUGCAAGAAACAAACUGAUUAAGAAAAGCAGCUUUUGACACUCAUUUAAUCACAUCAGUCGCAAGGCAAACCUUCCCUUUAAGAAGUGAGUGAUUGGCUAAAGGGAGUAUAUACAUGUAGAGAACUAUACUACGUUGUGUAGUGCUAUGGAAACCUAUAUUCUAUAUUUAGAGAAGUGACUGUUUUUUUGUUGUCUUUCCACAAAGAAUGAUAGUGUACAAGUGUGUAAAUAAUGUACAGUGAUGCUGGACAAAUCAGAGUACAGGGGUGUAUUGUAGAAGUGAGAAGGAGUCAUGGUGUCUUACUUGGCCAAAUGAUUGUUUAUAAUUUUAUUUCAUUUGAUUUAAUUUUUAUUUUUUAAAUGCAAAAACAUUCUGGACAGAGUCGCACCAAAGAGUGGAGUAUUUUUAUUAUUUAGCACAGUUGGGGUUUUGGGUAACACAGCAAUACACUGGCUUUAUUUCACCGUAAUAACGAGUGUGUGUGUGUGUGUGUGUGUGUGUGUGUGUGUGUGUGUGUGUGUGUGUGUGUGUGCGCAAAACCCAAGCAAAAAUAAUGAUAUGCACACACGUGUGUUGUUUUAUUUGGUGGCAUGUUUCUGGGUUUACAUUGAAAUAAGGCCAUUAUUAAGUGUUACCUGUUUGUUUUGUAAAAACUGAACAUGAAUAUUGCACUUUUUUUUUCUUUGUUUGUUUUUUUUAAAUCUGUUGAUUAUCAUAUUUACUCAGUGCAAACAUCGCCAAAACUCAUCUAUAGACAAGUACAAUUUUUUAAACCAUAAGAGGUGGUUAAAAAAAAUAGUGUUGAAAGUUCAUGGAAUAGUUUAACAUUUUGAUGAAAGUGUUUUACUCACAGGUCUCUGCAAGAAGAUGUUUAGCUUAGCUUAGCUUAGCCUAGUUUAGCUUAUCGUAGCUUAGCCUAGCUUAGCUUACUUUAACAAUAAAGUUUGUGUGUCCUUUUGGGGGGGAUUUCUUUCCUCACUGUUUGGGUUACGUUUAGUCACCACAACUACAGGUUUGCCCAUUAAACCUGAACAAAAAAAAUGCUGAACAAAACCAAGUAACUAUUUGUAAAAAGUGUAGAGUGAGACCUAUUUCACUCUCACUAUUGGCCAUGGCUGUUGAGUCAGUGCACAGAUGCCAAACAUCUCAAUGCAUACCCGAGACAUCGGUGGUCUGGCAUUAUUCGACACCCUGGGAAUGGAAAUGGUCCAAAUGACCUCAAAAUGAUCUUUUAUUGUACCAUAAGGUGCUGUGUUAUAUAAGUUAUCUUUCCUUACAGAUAAUUUAGUGUUUUGAAAUCAGUAACCUUAUUAAUAAACUAACAGCUGGCUAAAAUAAUUAUUUACAGCAAAGUUGUGUGAUGGGACUAAAGACCACAUAGAGGAACCCCUUUUUUUUUUAUUAGUGAUAGCUGAACAUCGGUAAAACUAAUUAACAAGCCGUGUUUUGAAAGUUUAAGAUGUUUUGGUUGCAGAGGGAGGCUCAUCAGAAGACUAAGCUAAACUAAGCUAACUCAUCUCGACAGUUGCUGGUUUUAAGUUUUACAGGGUUUUUUAUUUUUCUCAAAAUGUGUUACUAUUCUAUCAUAAAACUGUAUUUUAACAGAAGUGUUUUAAGGAUCACCCACUCAUCCUCCAUGUACGUAAAGCCACUAUGUGUAGAAGUGUAAAUUGUCCACGGACAGUCUCCAUUGGUCGUAUGGAAAAAGACAUAAUGACAAUCAAUUUUGGGUUUUUUUGUUUUUAAACUUUUAUUUACAUUUUAUGGUAGAAGCUUAACAUUAUAGUGAAAAAUCCAAAAAUUCUUUAUGAGGAAACCUUAAAUUAUAUAAUUGUCUGGUUUGAGAAGAAGCCAGUGGUAGCCCCAGGAUUUUUUUUUAUUUUUUUUUGUUUCUUAUUAAUUUAUUAUUGUCCCCUGUUGACUUCCUGUUAUAUGUGUUGAUAAAAAGCAGUAAAAGUCUUGUUUUUCCUGCAUUGAUAUAAUAAAGUAAUUCAUCAUUCUCACUUCACUGAUGCUCUUCUUUAACUGAAAUUCUGUUAAUGCUAGUUCUUUGUAACAAAUGUUUUGGCUAGUGUUCAUUUAUGUCACCCGAUUUCACAGGGAUUACAUAUUGGAAGGCAUCUACACAUAGUGGCUUUAAAAAUAUUUGGCAACAUGAUUUUCUUCAGUGAAACAAAUGUUUCUUUUAAAAAUUUAUUCGUAACACUCAGAGCAGGUUUUGUUGUUGUUGCGGUAGCAUUCAUAUUUCCACUAGCAUCAGCUGUUCAGUUUGUUUAUGAAUCCACUUAAGUCUUAACUCCGAAUGCCAUCUGAAGGAAGGUGCACAGACACGAGUUGAAAAUGAUCUUCUGUGGGUUUUUCUUCUAUAUCUUUUUAAAUACAGUUUUGACUUUACAGCACACAAUCCGAAGGGAUUUAUAUCAGAAAGAAAUGCAAAACAACCAUAGCUUUUGUGUAUGUGACCCGACGCAGCCAAAGAACAGCAGAUUUUCUGUUGAUAAAAGUUGGGGUAGUUUGACCUUGGAUUCUCACAAUAUAACUUCUGGAUAUUUGCCUUGUGCUCACAUCAAGCAUUGACAAAGUAUUUUACAUUUAUAUAUGUUAACUGCAUUUUAAUGUCUUGAUGUUUUUUUUAUUUGUGUUUCCCGUCUUGUCUGUAAAGCAUCAGAUUUGAAACCUGUGCCUCUGGGGUCAAGUUUGUCUUCUCCCAUAUGGAAGUAACAUAACAUAACUAAAUGCUGGUUUUACAUGUAUUUUGUGUGUCCGGUAAAAAUGACCCUUUUUUCUUUUCCUUUUUUUGUGUGUCAUGCAACAUAAUUAUAAAUAUUCUGUAUGCAAGGGGAAAAAUUCACAAGUAAACUAUAGUAUAUGACAUGUUAGUAUUUUGAGACUUGUGUUACAUUUGCUGUUAGAGAGAAUGGGACUUUUCUUUUUCUCUUCUAUUCCAUAUGGGCUGAAAAGCGAUUUCACUUCUGUGUCUUCUUAAUUUAUCUCGUGCCUUAAAAUGUACAUGACCCAGAGAUAUUUACAUGUUUGGAAAGAAGCAACAAAUUGCUAAAACAGCUUCCUUGUUCCUGAAUGUCUCCUAAAUGUCUUUUAAAAUUAAUAAAGAGCUUUGGCUGGCUUAUAGCAGCAUGAAGCUGUACAGGA